CGGGAGCUCGAUCACGACCCUCAAUACAGCUGCCCUCUUCCACACUGUCUUUUCCGCGCCACCAAUCUCCAGGAUCUCCGCCUUGAUCUACGAAACAACCAUGAUUUCGGUAGAGGAGCCUGACAGCUGCGAUGCACCAGCGACUUGGGCUGACGCGCACGCCCGCAACUCUACCUCUUUACACGGAAAGCUGAAAGUGCUCAGCCUAUCAGCAGCUCGGGCGUUCAAAGGGUCCAAGAGGACGAAUCAAAACAACUCCAGCAACAUUUCAUUACUUAUGGUUUCGAAGACAACUGUAUUGGACCUGCCGGUCGAGCUCAUCCUCUCAAUAUGCGACUUCCUAUCCCUCGACAACCGCGCCUGCCUUGCCCUCGCCUGCCACCAGCUGUAUCAUUACAUUGGCACCCGAACCUUUACAAAUCUCGACUACAACAACACGCGUCUCGAGAAAGCCGCUGUCCUCCAAAAGUUACAAAAGGACCACCCGAAUCCCAAACUAUGGAUCUGCUAUGGCUGUCUCCGCUUUCACUCCACCGCCCAGCGCUAUGAUCCAUCGAAUUUUCGAGCCGUGACAGGAGCGAAGGCCCGGGUUGGCUUUCCGAACUGCAAGAGCACGUAUGCCAGGGCUUUGGAUGACAUUUAUUCUCGGCUGCGUAGGCCGAGGGGUGAAUGGACGGCGCAGGAGACGUGGAUGGAAGACGACAUCACUUCGCCCGUGCGAAUGAACGUGUACAUCGCUUGCCUCGCCAGUUCCACCGAGUUAAUCAUGCGCCAACGCUACCAUAUCGACUGUCGCCCUAAACGCGCUGGACUGCUGUCGCUCAGUAGCUUGACGGUCGCACAGCUGCUGUGUACUCUUGGAAUGAGUAACCUAGAGAUAUGCCCCCAUAUCUGUUUCGCGCAAGGUCAUCGGACUGGCGAUGGCUCGAUCAUGAACUCGCUGAAGGAGUGUGAAGAGAGGGAUUAUUGGCGGGAACGAAAUCAGGAUCCUAUGUUUCAAUGUGCGGAGUGCCGUCUUGAGGUCGAGGUGCAGUUCUUGCAGAUGAAUGCGAUGGUUGCUGUGAACGUGUGGCAACAUGUUGGUCGGCUUGCGUAUACGACUGAUCAGGACAAUAGUUGUCACACACGGACAAUGCUACCUAUGAAAGAGUUGGAACCGGUAGAGCAGACGCAUUCGAAGUCACUACCCCCGUUACCGAUGUCUCCACGAUCAACGUCGAGGACAAACCCACUUUUGCGCUUGCCGAAGCUGUCAAAGUCAUGGACGAAGGUACUGGAGAGCUUGAUGAAGCGGAAGACUGCGACUGCGAUGACUGCGCCUGACGUUGAGCCUGCCCCUGCCCUUCUACAGCGGUCGUCGAGCCUAGGGGAGGUCAAAAGACAAUGGAAAUCAUUGGAAUACGCAGCGGUUAUGCCGUCGAGCGAGAUGUCAGUGGUCUUGGAGGCAACGUCUCUCCCUAUUCCGGAGUCUCGCAAGUAAUGAACGGCGCCAAAGGCAGGAAGGGAAGUCCUUUGAAGAUGAUGUAUACCCUUACUAUCCAGGAGCUGCAAAUCAGAGGAUACGGGAAGCACUGAUGCAAGCCCUUGAGCUCCAUAGAAAACAAUGACUUGCAUACCCUCCUCGUCCUCCAAGUCUUCUUCAUAACACCAUGUCGACGCAA